AUGUUAAAACCGCUAGCUAUAAAUAAAUUUUUAAAACCACGAGCUCUUAUUGGCAAAGAUUUAAAAUGUUUGCCUGUUCACUGGAUGGCAAACCAUAAGGCUUGGGUAACAUCCGCCAUAUUUUCUGAAUGGUUCUACAAAUGUUUUGUACCUGAAGUUGAAUCUUAUGCAAAAAAAAAGGACAUUGAAUUCAAAAUUUUGCUUCUUGUAGACAACGCACCUGGACAUCCUCAUUUGGAACAUCCGAACAUUCGAAUUGAAUUUUUGCCCCCCAAUACUACCAGCAUUCUUCAGCCUCAGGACCAGGGAAUUAUCUCUACAUUUAAAAAACAUUACAUUAAAAACACAUACAAAGUCAUUUUGAAUAAAAUUGAAAAGGAAGACUUAACUUUAAACGAAGCUUGGAAGAAAUUUUCUAUUUUUGAUUGUAUACUUCAGGUUGCUUCCGCCAUAUCAGAAAUAAAGCCGAAAACACUUAAUGCAUGCUGGAAAGCAGUAUGGCCAAAUUGCGUUGGAAACGGUCAUGAAAAUGAAAUAUCUGCUUUAACAAAUGAAAUUUUAAGCCUAGCUCAUCAAAUUGGAGGUGAAGGAUUUGAUUCACUUAACAAUCAGGACUUAGAAGAACUACUUGUAGAAGAACCAUUGUCUGAUGAAGACAUUAUUAAUUUAACAACCAAUAUUGAAGAAAAUCCGUGCGAAAAUAAUGUUGAGGAAACUGUAGAACCUCUUACUUCCCAAAAAAUUUUUCAAAUUCUUAACAAAGUGGCUAUUCUAGAAAACGAAAUUCUUAAUAUUGACCCCGAUACGGAGAGAGCAAUAAAGCUCCAACGCGGACUUGGCGAUCUUUUUUCAGGAUACCAAGAGUUGUAUAAACAACUAUUAAAAAAGAAAUCACAAACAUUAGUGACAAAAUAUUUCCAAAUUAAAGAAAAAAAUACAGCUCCUGAAAAUUCUUCGCCUGAACAUAUUGAACAUAUUUCUAUUGAUGGAGAUGAUGAUAUUCCAGAUGAUAAUAAUAUAUCAUUUACAUCUAGUGAUGCAAGCGUUUUAGAAUUUUUUAGCAAUUCUGAUUCUGAUUUAUAA